AUGACUCUGAACUGUUCGUUGAAGAAGAAACUGGAACAAAAUUCAUCCUAUUCUGUUUUUGAUCAUCCUGAAUUUGCUGAUCCCACUCCCUGCAGUUCUAAGACAGAAGUCGGAUAUGGAGGGGACUUGAUGGUAAAACAGAGCUCAGGUGCAGGAUUAUUGGCGAUCCAGAACAUGAACAGUGAAGCGAUUUCAGAUGCUUGUUCUCUGGACUUAAAUCUUGGACUUCCUAAUGGAAGAGAUAGUUAUCUUCAAGAUUCUAAAAGAGAAAAUUGUAGACACCCAAGCAGGCAGGCAAGUAAUUCAAUUGAACCUUCAUCCCCGGCUUGUACAGAGAUUAUACAGAACCAAGAUAAGGGUGGUCAUGCUAUUUUAGGUGAUCAUUAUCAUAUUAUUCCUCGACUGUCCAAAAUUUCGUCUAAUGGUUUUGUCACUGAACAUGUUAAUGCACAAUCCACAUGCUACAAGGAUGGGCAUCUCAUGAAUUGCCCAUCCCAGGGUUCUCCCUGUCUACAUUUGCACCAGCAUUUGAAGCAAGCCUGGGGUGCUGAUGGUGAUAAUAACACUAUUGUAAUUGGUGGUAACGUUUUUGCUGUAAGUUCUGAUAUGAAAUAUGGAUGUCCACUUUCUAGGGACUGCAGAGAUUUCAGCUAUAUGGGCCAUUCUAAGAGUUCCCAUUCAAUCGUUCCAAAAGACGUAGUUAGUGAGCAUAGUACUAUUAGCAGAAUGUACAAAAACUUUGUUGGAGGAAGCUACUAUGGGUUGUGCUAUGAGCCACUCCAGGAGAAGGAUCUCAAGGUUUUCCUUUCAACUGGUAGAUUUCCUAGUACUGACAGCUAUAUUAGGCAGCCAUCAACUUCUACUACCCUCAUGAAACCAUAUAUUCUUGAAAAGAGAUCAUAUGUUGUUAGUAGUACAAAGUCCAUAUUAAGGAGGGCAGCGAUGACUUUUAAAAAUACACCAUCUAUUAUAAGAAAACGAAAGUUUCCAAGCUCCUUUCAAGCUAGCAAUUCCAAAAACAUGGAUAAAUUUCUCACGACUGUUGAGGGACUUGAUUCUUACAAUGAGAGGUUGCCAGGAUCACAUGAGUUUCCACCUGCUGGUGGAGAUAACCAACUUCCAUUGUUGAGGGAACUGUAUGCUUCACAAAGGAUGCGGAAGUUAAAAAUUUCUUCUGGCAUAAGUUCUGUGGGGAAAUGCUUGAAAGAUGCCUUUGAUGAUGUAUGGGAUAAAAGAAAGUCCUAAUACGAGCAUUUUGGCUGAUUUUAAUUUCUCUUUGUUAAUCAUGAAUGAGAUAGCUUACCUGGCUCCUUAUUCUUCUGGAAUUGUAUACCUGUAGUCAGAAGAUUAAUCCAAGAUUUCUACUCAGUCAGCACAGGACCUUUGCACAUUGGACUUUUUGGGAGCUUAACAUAAAUUGAGAAUAGAAAACAGCAGGCUAUAUACAACAUACUCUGUGUGAUUCAGGGAUAUAAGCAGCACAGCUUUCUUUGCAUGAGUUGGAGAAUGCAAGAGGAGUAAAAUUACAAAAGAAAAUUUGCUGAUUGAGAGCUAAUACAAAAAUCUUUUAGCUUUUGAUCUUCCUGACCGAGAUACUCGUCUUCCUCAUUUAGACACACAGGAUGGAUACUCCUCUUCUUUUUUUCUUUUUUUUUUUUAAAACAAAAAAAAACCAUUUUCUGUUAAAGUGUGAGCCAGGUAUUACUGCAUAACUGAUGAAGGCAACUGAAAGAGGGGGUGAACUUAUGAAUGAUUCAGGUUUUCUCAUUCAUCUUUUGAACAGUUUAUCACCUAUGCCUGAUCCCGAGUGCUAUCCAGUUUUCAGCAGAUUUGAGUGGGACAGGCAAGCUUAAAACACAAAUUGAUACAUUUCCCUCUGAAAAUAUUACAUAUGUUUACUUGAAAGUCUUCAAGGCACUCGGUGGCAUUUUGCGAAGGAUAGUCAUCAAUUUGUCCUUUUAAAUCAACACUUGAUUUAUGCUUUUGUUUAGGACAGAAAGUGAUAAGACUUGGAAGAGUUAGAACUGAGGACAAAAGUGCAUGUUACAAUGAAAGUUUAUGUCAGAAAAGAAGAACUUCCAUGGUUCCGAAAUGCUGUAGUUUGUUUUGUACAGGACUU